AUGAGCAACUCGUCGCCUCAAUAUGCUUCCCAAAAGCGGAACAACGCCCCCGAGGAUUUCGAGGACAGUCAAACGGGAUUGGAAAUACCUUCGACCCCUUCAACACCCAUAAAAGGAGUCAAGCAGGAGCUACAGGCAAAUGGGUCAAAAUCCAGACGGAAGAGGAGAGCUUUGGAUAAUGCCACCAACAAUGCUGCACUGACAUUGUCUCAACCAUCGCAGCACAGUACACCAAUGGAUCAUCCACCAAAGCGCAAGAAGGUCCGCGAGUCCAUGGAAAGCCAGAUACAGAGUCGCAAAACAGAUGUGGCCAAGGAAAACCUCGACAAUGUACUCCUGGAGAACGCAUCUUCAGCUUCACUCGCUCUAGAACCAGAAAAUAAGGACAAAGAGGGAGGGUCUGCCCAGGAGGAAUUAGAAGCAAACUUGACCACAGCGUCAAAACAAUCUAUCGAGAAAUAUAAAGGCUUGGUGGACUUCAAAAAGGGAAAGCGCGGUCUGGAUGCCAACAAAGGGAAAGGAGACAGAUCUGGUUUCUUUACACCGGAGGAAGUAAAGGGAUUGGAAUCAUUCAAACUAGAUUUCUGCACCACCCACGGCAUGUCGAGCGAUACGUUCGACCUUAUGGUGCAGCAUUCAGAAAGGGACAAGUCAAACCCCUUCCCUUGUCCUACGGAAAUCACCACAAAACCGGCUUUCUGGAAAAAGGUCUAUGAGAUUAUUCCGGGUCGCAACAAGAGAUCGGUUUAUCGGUUCAUGAGACGACACUUUCAAUGUACAACUCAGAAGCCACAUUAUUGGACUGCCGAACAAGAUGACGAACUCAUCUUACUUCAUGAACGCCACGGGCCCAAGUGGGCUCACAUCGCCAAGAUGAUUGGUAGAAGCGAUGACGACGUGAUACAGCGAUGGAGGAAUCACCUCGAACAUCGCCAGACGAUGAAUCGAGGGCCUUGGUCUGAAUGGGAAGUAUCUGCACUACUAGAGCAUCUACAGGCCUGGUGGACCCACAUGAAGAAGUUAGGCCAUGAUGUUGGCCGGGAUAUCUAUGAGAUAGAUGAAUCCAAAAUCUCUUGGGGAAACAUCAGCAACAGCAUGGACAACUGCCGUUCCAGGCAGCAGUGUGGAGACAAAUUUCGCAAGAUCAGGCGCAAGGUCUUGACUCGGCGUAGCAUGGGAAACCCGGAUGCUUUCUACGACCCCGUUGUGGAGGCAAAACCACCAAAGCGCCGAGGUAAAUCGAGGUCGAUUACGUCUUCUCAGAGCCAAUCAAACAAGCACUUUAAAAGUUCUGAAUACGUGGAGUCGGAUGACGAGUCAGGCGAAGAGGAGACCGAGACUGACAAUACUUCCAGUAUGGAUCAAUCAACGUCCAAGUUUGAUGACAAUUCAUCUUCGUCUUCGAAGUCGCUGAAAUCUGCACCCAAGAACGUCAAUCAUUCAGUUCAUUCCUUGGAAGACAGCGAUAGGUCCGAUCCGGACAUUUCCAUCUCCGGGUCAGAAGACUCAAAUUCCGAGUCGAACCCAGGGAAAUCAGGUUCUGAUAAUGAUACCGGUAGUCUUCGUUCGGUACAACCGUCUGGCAAGAAGCAGUCUUCGGGACACAAGGACACUGGAAGCCACAAAAGACAACGGCGGUGA